AUGAAUGAAUCUAAAACAGACAUAGUUAACUUCUCAUCACGUUUUCGGCCCUCACCUGAAUCAGUAUCUGUUGCUAUUGGAAACCAGGUAGUUGAUUCCUUCUCCCACGCAAGAAACCUUGGAUGCAUAACGGAUCGCCAUCUUGUGAUGAAAGAACAUGUUGCAGCAGUAUGUCGCUCUGCUACGAUUGCCAUUCGAAGAAUAGGACAGAUCAGACAAUACCUUCCGACCCAAGCGUCGCAGGCCUUGGUCCAUGCCAGCAUUACCAGCAGGCGUGACAACAAUAACAGUCUCUUUUUUGGACUUUCGCAAAAUUUCAUUUCUCAGCUACAAAGAACACAGAACACUGCUGCUAGUAUUGUCAAUAAAGUCCCUCGAAAACAGGAUAUAUCCAAAUCACUCAAGCAACUGCACUGGCUACCAGUAGAGAAGCGUAUCCUCUUCAAAAUCCUCGUCAUAACAGAGCAUCCAAGGAAAGUCCCCCUCAUACAUCGCGAGCAUGAUCAACACCCACCAACCCUUCCGGUCACUUCGGUCAUCCAACAAGAAGCUUUUAGUUGUUCCCAAGGCAACCUCCCACACCCAUGGCGAUAG